AUGAUUAAUGGGGUAUGGAAUCUUCAGAAAGUUCACACACCCAAAGAAAUGGCAUCAGAGAAUAAACAAAGCAUGAACAUGCAAAACAAAAGCACAGUCACAAAGGGAGUGGUGAUCACAGUCUACGUAGAAUCGACAAGAACGCGCUCAAUUAAACCAUCGGAGGAUCCCAAAAAGAAAACGAAGUCACAUUACAGAAUGCCACAAACUACAGGAUCACAAUCAUCACAAGGGUAUGAUCGUAGGGCUCAGCUCCUUGCUUACUCUAGACAACUCAGAGAAACUGCAGAGUCCCAAAAAAAUGUUAAAGUUCGAUUGCCCCACAACCAGUCACGGCCUAGAAGCAAGGCAAGUUCUCGCUUUUCUUCUCUUGCAACUAAUUGGUUUUCUUCACACGCCAAGAAUAUGUAG